UUAAAGUAAAGCUGUCACUCUGCUGUCAGUCAGGAAAGGGUGAAUGUUUGUGCAAAAGUUUUAUGAAGUUUUCUCUACAAAUAUCACGGUUAAGUUUGUAUCGUACGGAUGCUCUGUGCGAGGCGGGUAUGGAGCGCGGGCUCGCUCCGCCGGGGUCUGGCGAGCGGUGAUGAGAGUCCCCUAAAGAGGCUACUUGACGGCGCUGCGACGUACGGGGAGCCGGCUGCGCAGGGAGAGGGCGAGUUGCGAUGGGCCACACAACCUUAUGCGCGACGCGGUCCUGAGGCGCCGGUACGCCGGGUGGAGCCCGCGGAUACUACGGUGCUUCUGUUCCCGGGACAAGGCUCGCAACGCGUUGGCAUGGGCCUCAAGCUAGCGCAAUUGCCUGCUGCAAGAGACCUUUACGAACUUGCUUCUAAAAUACUGGGAUGGGAUGUCUGGCGCAUGUGCACCGAGGGUCCAGCGGACGAGCUGAACGCGCGCUGCCAGCCCGCCAUCGUGGUGACGUCCCUGGCGGCGCUGGAGGCGCUGCGCGACGCGCGGCCGGCGGCGCUGGAGCGGGCGCGCGCUGCAGCAGGGUUCUCGCUCGGGGAGCUCACGGCGCUGGUGUGGGCGGGCGCGCUGCCGCUCGAGCGCGCGCUGCGGCUCGCUGAGAUACGGCAGACCGCUAUGGCGGUGGCGGCAAAGGAACGUCCUCAGGCUUUGCUAACAGUAUGGCUGGGGGCCGACGCUAACCUACCUCACGCAAUGCUCCGCGCAAGGGAGCAUGCUGAGACACAGGGCCUGUCCGACCCUGUGUGUCAGGUCGCCAACUAUUUAUACCCACAUUGCAAGGUAGUCGGCGGCGACGAAGAAGCUCUAAAAUUUCUCGAAAAACGCGGCUCAGAAUUCGGCAUUCGGCGUUCAGCGCGAGUCGCCGGUGCGGCCGGCGCCUUCCAUACUCCUCUCAUGGCGCCCGUCACUAAUGUACUGAAAGAGGCUUUAAAAUCAUGUGAAGCCGAGGCUCCAAGAGUUAAAGUUGUGUCAGCUGUGGAUGCCAAAGCUUAUAGCGACGCUAGGGCGGUCCGAAAAACGCUUGCCAAACACGCAGCGUCCCCGCAGCGUUGGGAACAAACCCUCCACGCUCUAUACGCCCGGCCGCAGGGCGAGCGCUUCCCGCUCACCGUGGCGCUCGGCCCGGGCACGGCGCUCCGAGCCACGCUCAAACAAGUCAACGCUAAAGCGUGGGACUCGUCCAUACAGAUCGAUGUGUAGACUGACUUAGUUGAAAUUUUCCGAGAUGAUUUUUUCGUCUCGGGCCCUAAUCUGUUAAACAAAUGCCUUUGUUUCUUUUAUGCAGAGCCGAGCCUUAAUCGCGAUAGUAUAAGGUUCAAAUUUAUGUAACACCUCAUUCGGAGAUCAAUCAGCCACCCGCAUGCAGAUAAUGUUUGGACAUAACAAAACGUGUUAUACGAAUGGGCCGUUUCAUGAAUUUGAACCAUAUAAAUAUGGUAAAAUUAGUUUUUAAACGGGCUGGUACCCGUUCACUUAUGACGGGGUUAUUAGCAGUGGUAAACACUGCAUAAAGGAAACGAUACCUUUUGUCGAACAAAUUAGGGGUUUGAGCUCAAGAUAUCACCUCGGAAAACUCCAAGUAUACUUUAUUAAAGGUGUAAAUAUAGU